AUGCCCUGGCGGGUUGUGUUGUGUCUGACGUGCCCCAUUCUCACACCCUUCUCGUGUUGCAUGCCCAUGUCUUGUCCUUGCCCCUUUCCUUCACCAUGUCAGGCAUUCGUGGCAGUGGACAACAACACGCCUGUCGAUGCAUCCAUCAUCACUCCCUCUCACUCCCUCUUACUCCUCACUCCUUUGUCUUGCCCCUUGUCUUCCCUCUUCUCCCCCUCCCCCAGGCAUUCUGGACAACAACACCCCUGUCGAUGCAUCAAUCAUUGCGGCCUUCAAGAGCGACCAUGUGCUCGAUGCCCUCUAACUCCCCCUCUAACUCCCUCCCCUCUACUCCUUUGUCACCCCCCUUGUCCCAUUCGGGCGUUCGUGGCAGUGGACAACAACACGCCCGUCGAUGCAUCCAUCAUCGCGGCCUUCAAGAGCGACCUCGUGCACGAUGCCCUCGCCGGUUGUGCCUCUCUGCGCCCCUCCAUGGACAUUGCGGUUACCGCUGAUGCUGACUACGUCAGGGAGGAGCUGCGCCAUUUCACGGGCAGCAGCUGCAUGACUAAAACACAGGCGGAGACGAGUGCCGCGUUCGAGGCCUGGUUCGGAUUUUUCGUGGCAGGGCCAUUCAUUCGUGGAGGGGAGAGCGGUGUACCCGCGGGAGGGCCAAUGGCGGAGGAACAGCCGGAAGGUGUGGCAGCUGGUGCUGAAGGGGGAGUGGUGGGUGCAGCAGCAGAGGAGGCCGCAGCAGUAGCAGUAAAAAAAGUGGAAUCAGAAAUGGCUUCAGCAGCAGGACGAGAAGAGGUGGGUGUAGGAAGUUGUGGGGUGCUGAAGGUUGCUGGAGCAGUUGAGGCAGCAGCAGCAGAUGUAGCAAGCACAAGUGCAGGAGGAGCGGGAGCAGCAGCAACAGUGGAAGUAAAAGAAGAACUCAUAGCAGGAGCAGAGUGUGUUGGGGGGGAGGUCGCACCUGCAGCAGUAGCAGAGGGUUCUGGGGGGGAGGUAGCACCUGCAACAACAGAGGGUGCUGGGGGGGAAGUAGCACCUGCAAAAACGGAGGGCGCUGGGGGGGAGGCAGCACCUGCAGCAACGGAGGAUAUUGGGGGGGAGGUAGCACCUGCAGAAACGGAGGGUGCUGGGGGGGAGGCAGUACCUGCAGCAGUAGCAGAGGGUGCUGGAGGGGAGGUAGCACCUGCAGUAGUAGCAGAGAGUGCUGCGGGGGAGGUAGCACCUGCAGCAGAACCAGAGGGUGCAGGAGGGGACGUAGCUGCUGCUGGUGAUGCUGCAGCUGGCGCUGCCACUGGUGCUCCUAUUCCCUCUACAGAGUCUUCUGGUGAUGUUGUAGAGGUGGGGGCUGUUAAGAAGGUGCGAAAGCGCGUCGUCACGAAGAAGUCGGCGGGUCAAGGGCAGAAGAAACUGAAGAAAUGUUCGAAACGUGGCAAGGAGAAGAGCGAAGAGCAGCUAGCGAAAGAGAUGUGA